AUGGACUGUGGUCCAGAUAUUAUAUUGAAUAAUGACUUUGGUCCAUAUAUUAUAUUGAAUAGGGACUCUGGUCCAGAUGUUACAUUGAAUAUUGACUCAGCUUCGGAUAUUAUACUGAACAAGAGUUGUGGUCUAGAUGUUAAUGAAAUUAGUUUUGGAAAUCGAUCUUGUGAUGUUGGUGGCACUAAAAGUGGUCAAGGUUUUGUAUGGAAAUGUGCCAUUGAUUUUGCAGGUAAAGCAAAUGAGGAAGUUGACGAACUGUUCCACUUGCCUUCAGAUGUGCUUGCUAUUAAAGAGUCCAGUGAUGCUAGCGUCGCUUACGCCGUUUUUACGAAAAUCCCUUUAACUAAAGAGGUCCUUUUCGGUCCCUUCAAGGGUCAAGUUUACCGAGGAAAGAAUCUAUCACCUAAGACUACAAUAGUAGAGAUCAGAGAUAGCGACGGAGAAAAGGUCUACCUCGAUUUAAAUGAUGAAGCUGGAAGUUGGCUUAGGCUGGUUAAGCCUGCGACCACGCCCCAAGAAGCAAAUCUUACAGUUUUUGUUGAAGGAAAUGAAAUAUGGUGUCUUGUACAUUGUGACACAGAGAAAGACGUUGAAUUAUGCGCUUGGUACCGAAUCAUGCCUCAUUGGAACUCUUCGGUUACCACUCAUCAAGACCUCUUCUAUCCAGUAGUAUAUCAUCACUCUAGAAAAAGUUGUAAUUAUUUUGUUUCUCGAUUCAAAAGACAAAGUCUAGAAGAGAAUGAUGAGAAGAAGAAUGUGAAAGACGAAUGCCAGGAUCCCUCCAUCAACUCGCUGAAGAGCAAUAAAUCAUUUACCUUUAAGGUCAAAGGCGAAGUUAAUUCCAUGAAGAAGGAAAACCAGUGGUCAUCUAAAGUUACCGUACCUUUGACAGAUGAUACUUCAAGCAGUGGUCAAAGGAAUAGCUUGUCAAAGGAGAGACAUUUAGAUAUUACAAACAGCUCAGGUGACGAAAAUCAUUUCGACGGAGAUUUGAAAUUGUCAAAGUUAUCUUUAAUGCUCAAUAACAGCACUCCAAUGUCCAAGCUCUCCUUUAGUGUUCCCAACUCACUACCGAUAACAUCAACUAUCCAGGUUUCCACUGAGAAUGCCUUAUCGGAAGUACAAUAUUGGAAAACAGGUUUCCUGUGUGAAGUAUGUGGGAUCACAUUUAAUAACAGCACUACGCUCCAGGCUCACAGACAGAACUAUUGUUUUAAUCGAAGAAGCAGCAGUCUACAAGACGUUACGUCGGAUAAUUCAUCCGGAGAAGUAGUUCUGUCAUCUGAAGACGAAGAAAUUGAAUUGAAAUCCAGCCCUGAGUGCAAGAAUAAUUCUUCAGAAAAUUCUGAGAGACAUUUAGAUGCUGAAUAUAACGACCAGGAAUCAAAUUCUUCUAAUUCGUGUCAGGGGACAUUUGUAAAGGCAGAAAACCAAAACACGAUUAGGAAGACGAGAACAGACUUACAAUUAGUAAAUGCCUUUCUUUCAAAAACUGGAGAACAAAGACCUCUUGAGAAAAUACCUCCAAAAGAGUUGGAUUAUGUUUUGUCUAGUUUUAUCGUUAAUGUCAAGAAACGAAAUGGAGACGAUUAUGAGCCAGAUUCUUUAAGGGGUCUUUUGAGUAGUGUUGAUCGUUAUCUGCGGAAACAAGAGUAUCCAGAUGCUAUUUUUGGUCCCACGGGAGUCCAUUUCACCCAGACACGCGAGUCUCUUCGAAUGAAGCAACUUCAACUAAAGUCUCAAGGAAAAGGAUGCUUAUCAACAAAACAUGUGCCUCUCACAGAUUCAGAGAUUGACAAACUGUUUCUCUCAAGACAACUUGGAGCUAGCUCAAAAGAUUCAAUUAUUAAUACCCUCUGGUUCUACAAUUCCAUUUUUUUCGGGAUCAGGUCCGCCAAAAGACAUUACGAACUCCGGUGGGGAGACAUACUCCUUUGCCAGCUUCCAAAUGGUUUGGAGUAUCUGGAGUACAUCGACCAGGAAACUAAAAAGCCUAAGGAAGGAGUGAUGGGAAAUUUCCAUAUAUAUGCCAAUUUGAAUUGUCCUGAUAGAGAUCCAAUCCACAUUUAUCGUCUUUAUACCAGUCACAGACCAGAAUGUAUGAAGAAGGCUGACAGUCCGUUUUAUCUUGUUCCAAAUCAUUCAAAGGCAACUUACAACAACUCUUGGUUCAAACGACAGCCACUAGGAGAAAACAGACUUGCGUCACUCAUGAAAUCUAUGGCUAAAAAUGCUGGUCUUUCUGUGGAAAAACAUUUUUAUAACAUUAGUGUAAGAAGAGCGCUGAUUUCGAAAUUACAAACUGCAAUAUAA